AACCCGAAACCUCUCCCAGAAAACAUGACUUUCCUUCUGGAAUCAGUAUGGAAAAAGCCCUGUGGGAAGCAGAAACACCUGGAAGCAAAGCAAAAUGUUGACUUUUGGUAUUUUUAUGGGGAUAUAAAGUUUGUCCCAGGAAGUAGCAAGUUUCUGUGGAGAGCUUUUCUCCACUGUAAUCUAUUUUCUUUGGAAAAAACCUCAUGGAUUUUGGGGUUGGAAAAAGAAUUUCAGUUCCACCAGGCUCAUAAAUUUUGUCCUGUGUUGGUGGGAGGGAAUGUAGGAGGGUCUUACUGAUCCCCCCAGAGCAUCCAGCCAGGCUUUCCCCAUCCAAAACUUGUCCUAGAAAAUAGGAAAAUGAACAUUAAAAUCCAAGGAAUGUGUUGUAUAUAUCUACAAAGCCAAAAGUUCCUGUAAAGAAAAGGUUGGAAAGCUCCACCGCCCGGCCUUGCUGCUUCCCUGCAUCUGCUUCAAAGCUUCACCUCCUCUGGAAUCCGCUUCCAAAACAAAUCCCAACAUCCUACCUUGGGCUCCUGCCAUCCCCAGCUGGACCUGGGUUAAUUUAGGAAGGGGGAAAGCGCUUUUUCCAUGGGUAACUCGCUCAGAAAGUGGGGUUUGGGGGGCUGAGGGCAGUCACGGCUCUUUCUGGCUGCAAGGCUGGAACUUCAGGAAUGCUGUAGGAAUCUGGAAGGGCGGAUUUGGGAGGAAAUCCACCGUGUAGGGUGGUUUUGGCUGGGAAUGUGAGCCGUGGAUAAUGGUGGAGGAUACCCCGGCUGCCUAAAGGCUAAAGAGGGGAUCCCAGAAUUUCCACGGGGGCUCAAGUGUUCCUUCCCGGGGCUGGAACGAGAUCCCUGGGAUUGUUAGGAUUGGAGUGUUGAGAGGAAUAAGGCACCAGCAGGAAUUAAAGGCUCUGAGACAUCAGGAAUGUGAUGAAGAGGCUGAAUCACAUCCAUGUCCAUGUUUUUCCUGGAAAGCUGUGCUGCCAGAUGCAGCCCUUUACAAGGCCAAGUGUAUGCUUCCAUCAGGGAUGCAGGAUGGAGGAAGGUCAUGGGUGGGAUGGAGGAAUGCCAUUGGAGCCAGGAUGGAGACGUGAGUUGCUGCUCUUUGCUUUCCAGGUCUGUUCUUCCAGCUCUUUUUUGGGAUAUGUUUUAGGCUGGUUUGGAGGGAGUGUCCCAUUCCCUGGUGUGUGGGAGCUUUGAGAGGGUGCGGAAUCCUGGAAUGGUUCGGGGUGGAAGGAACCUUAAGGAUCAUCCAGUUCCACCCCACUGCCAUGGGCAGGCACACCUCCCACUAGCCCAGGUUGUUCCAAGCCGGUUCCAGGGCUGGAAGCCUCUCCCGAGCUCUGGAAGAAGCUUUGUCUGCUUCCAAACGCGGCCUCUCAGCUCCCUCUAGAGCCACAGGGAAGGAAAGAACUUCCAAAAGUUGCUCCACCCGCUCCCGAAAUCGUCAGCUGGAGGGUCCUGUACUUUCCCAGGCAGAGACAGAGGUGUUGGGGCGAUGCCCAAAUCCUGGACCUAAAAAUUCCCGUUCUGCCAAGAAAUUCCUACCCUGCACAUAUCAGACAUCCAGGAAACCUGAGGCGUCCUCCAGGUGCCCUGGGGUAUCCCAAUGCUCCUGGAGAAAAGGACAUGGCUGUUUUUCUGGGAGGAGGGAGGGAUGGAGGCAGGAAGGGGCCUUCAAAUCCCUCGGGAUCCCCUUGCCAUGUGUGGUGCCUCCAUUCCCAGCCUGAGCUCCCAUUUCCCAUCACAAAUAACAGCAUCUCCUUUCCCUCUGGCUCCUGAUGGAGAUUUGUCAGGGAACGCAGAAUCCCUCCUGUGUGUCCUCACUGGGGAAAAAUCCACUGGGAUAGAGGAGGGAGAAUUCCUAAAUAUGGCAAUGAAGGAGCUUCCUUUAUAACAGGGUUUAUAAAAUUUCCUGUUUCAAUCCGAGUUUUUCCUAGGAAGUGGGCAGGGUUAGGUUAUGAACACCUGGUUAGGAACCAAGCUAAUUGCAGGAGUGAUUCCCAAGCAAAGCAUCCACAAUUUGGGAUGAAAGGACUUGCUCGAUGCUGGUAAAGGGGGUCUUGGAGCAUCAUGAGGGAAAAGCAUCCAACCCUUCCCAAGGCUGCCGAGCCCGGGGAAGGGCUCCCUGUCGCUCCCUCCCUCUUCCCAUGCAGGAUUUUGGGAGCCUCCAUUGGCAAAGCUGCCUCGUUGAGCAAGAGGGGCCUGACGAGAAUUCCAUGAGCGAGCUUCCUGCAGGGAGCAAAGGGCAGCGGGAGCGUGUCCCUGCCUAGCCGGCACCUCCCGGGGAUUUCGGACAGCAACAGGACCACGGCGAGGAGGAAGAGGAGGAGGAGGAAGGCACCUGGGAAUUCCUUCAUCUUCCCAGGCUCAUUUCCAGGCCAUGGCGGCCACCACGGUGACUGAUGCCGGCAGCGUGAGGAUCAUCACGGAGGUGAUCCCAGCCACGGAUCCGCGGGCGGCCCAGCUGGCCUCAGGCUCCCAGGCACCUGCACAGACGUCAUUCCAAACGCGAGGCUUCCGGAAGGCUCAGCCAAAGGUGUUGGGGACCAUCCACAUCUUCAGUGGAAUUGUCCACAUCUGCUUCGGGGUCAUCCUGACAAUGUCGGAGCACAAGAACCCUUCCCUCCCUGUGGCCAGCGGGAUCCUCUUCUGGCUGGGGAUCCUGCUCCUGGUCUCGGGCUCGCUGCUGGUGGAAAGUGAAAGGAGAGACAGCCCUGUGCUGGUCAAGACCUGCUGUGUGGUCAAUGUGGGCGUUGUCCUGGGCACGCUGGUGGCCACCGGGAUCCAUGGCACGGCCAUCAUUCAGAACAUGCCCGGCUGCGGGAAACCCGGGCCCUUCCAGAUCCGCCCGGAAUGGUGCCUCAGCAUGAACAGCAAGGUCCUGAGCAACGGGCUGGAUUGCACCAUGGUGCUCCUCGGCCUCCUGGAAUUCUGUGUGGCCGUGGCGGUCCUGGCGUUUGGAUACGACACGGUCCGGCAGCACACAUACAGCCCGCUGGCGCUGUAGCCACGGCCAAGCCCCGCACGUGGUGCCGCAUCCCGGAGGGGGGUCCCCGGUACCGGAUUCACCUGGGAUGCCCUCAGCGUGUUCGGCCCCCAAUAAAAGCCUCUCCCCCAGCCCA